AUGGGCCCCCGCAAAAGCAAUUUCGCGGUGACCACCAUCCUGACAGACUGUAUGGCGGUAUUCUUGCCCAUAGCGAUUCUCGUGUUCGCCAUGAUGGUCUGGCGACUACACAACUCCCCGGUCGAGGAAGGCUCACUCGGUAAAUGGCAAAAUGCCAUCAAUGUAUUUGCCACCUUGUUUCCGAUCCUGUUUGCGUCCAUCAUGGGCCGGUUGAUGUCCGAGUCGGCCCGUUGGAAGCUCGAGAAUGGGUCUACUGUGGGAGCUCUCGAGCAGUUGAUGGGCAGUCGGACCGUAGGCUCUACCGUCUCGACGCUGUUUCAGUUACGUGCCGUCAACAUCCUCGGGAUAUCGCUAUUGAUAGUUUGGGCUUUCUCACCCCUGGGGGCCCAGGCGCUGUUGCGUACAUUAACAUCACGGCUUGACACCGAAUUCGAGUCUACGAGCGUCGUUUACUUCGAUAAUCGCAGCCCUUCGUGGUAUGCAACCAUGAGGUUCCGAGAAAUACUCAACAUCGGUCCCGUUGGUCCCGCUUUUGCUUCCCACAUAGGAUCACUGUACACAAACCUCAUCGCAGCAACCACGGCAGCGAAGCUUGAUACCAUGGAUAUAUGGGGGAAUGUCAGAAUUCCCUUCAUGGACCCAAACGCAACCGUAGACUGGCACGACCUCCCUAGCGAUACUAGCGAGCUUCACUACUCGUCUUUGGCUGGGGUUCCCUUACGCCAUCCCACUAGUGCCAACAAGACCUUCACAAUCGAAUCAAAUUACAUGCAGUUGGAGUGCAAAAGCAUCAGGGUGCAUCUUUCCAAAGGGCUUCUGUCACGCAUGGACAGCGAUGCUCUUAUAACCACGGAUAACUACACCACGUACCACACGGCCGAGUUUCCAAACGGCACAUGGUAUGGGUACUCGCCGAUGAACAGAACCGAGACGGGAGUGUCUACAACCUGGGGCAUCGCCGUUGACCGACUUGUUGGCUCUUACUGGAACAUCUCGUCAGACGGCUACCGACUACCAGACAGGUUUGAUCCUACUCUGUUCCGCUCCCCGUCGAUGUUCUUGAACGAGACGGGAAUAGAGGCUAGUCCGGCAAACCUGCUUCUUCAAGUCCGAUUUCCGCCAAGGGCGCGUACGCCGGAGUAUCUAACAGAGUUCACUUGCGGUGUGAGCCAGAGAUACGUCGAGUCCCGCGUUCGAUGCUCGCACACCACUUCGAUGACUUCUGGCAAACACAACUGCAGCGUCAUUUCGCAGAGGCCCUCUCAAAAGAAGCACGCCCCGGAAAGCAACUCUUAUUUGUCACUCCCGCACACUUUCAACCAUGUCUCGAGGGAACUGCCUCUCGCAACGGGGCGGGACAUGGAAGGAGUCGUCUCGCGGAAGUGGUUGUCAUUGAUUCGCUCGACUAUUGCUCCAAGCCACGCCCUGACCCCUGAGGUCAGUUAA